AUGGAGCACCGGGCUUUGCUGCUCGGCGUGGCGCUGGCCUUUCUGCUGGCCUCUGGCUCCCAGGGCUUGAACCAUGAAGGUCGGCUUCUCCUGGCGCUCAAGAGCCAGAUGAACGACACUCUCCACCACCUCGACAACUGGGACGCGAGGGAUCUAACACCAUGCAACUGGAGGGGCGUCAACUGCUCGUCGGCGCCCAUCCCGGUGGUGGUGUCUCUCGGCCUCAGCAACAUGAACCUGUCAGGGACAGUAGCGCCUAGCAUUGGUGGCCUGUCUGAGUUGACCCUCCUUGAUCUAUCCUUUAAUGGGUUCUAUGGUAACAUCCCUCCAGAGAUUGGGAACUUGUCCAAAUUGGAGGUGCUUAACUUGUACAACAACAGUUUUGGUGGUACAAUCCCCUCUGAGCUCGGGAAGCUAGAUAAGUUGGUCACGUUUAAUCUGUGCAACAACAAGCUCCAUGGCCCGAUACCUGAUGAGAUUGGAAAUAUGGCAUCACUUCAGGAACUGGUAGGAUACAGUAAUAAUCUCACUGGUUCACUACCUCGUUCACUUGGCAAGCUGAAGAACCUGAAGAAUAUUCGGUUGGGUCAGAAUCUUAUAUCAGGCAGCAUUCCUGUUGAGAUAGGUGAAUGUGUGAACUUAACUGUGUUUGGUCUUGCACAAAACAAGUUAGAGGGUCCUUUACCUAAAGAGAUUGGGAGGUUGAUCUUGAUGACGGACUUAAUCCUAUGGGGGAAUCAGCUUUCUGGUGUUAUUCCUCCAGAGAUAGGAAACUGUACAAGCCUCAGCACAAUUGCCCUCUAUGACAAUAUUCUAGUUGGUCCCAUACCUGCAACAAUUGUGAAAAUUACGAAUCUUCAGAAGCUAUACCUUUACAGGAAUUCAUUAAACGGUACAAUUCCGUCUGACAUUGGGAAUCUUUCUCUUGCAAGAGAGAUUGACUUUUCAGAGAAUUUCUUAACUGGAGAGAUACCAAAGGAGCUGGGCAACAUUCCAGGCUUGAAUUUACUCUACCUCUUCCAGAACCAGCUUACAGGCCCUAUUCCUACAGAGUUGUGUGGGUUGAAAAACUUGAGUAAACUUGAUCUAUCGAUCAAUUCACUCACUGGCACGAUUCCAGCUGGAUUUCAGUACAUGAGAAAUCUAAUCCAACUGCAACUCUUCAGCAAUUUGCUUUCUGGCAACAUACCUCCAAGGUUUGGCAUUUAUAGCCGUCUUUGGGUGGUGGAUUUCUCAAACAACAGUAUUACAGGGCAGAUACCGAAAGAUCUUUGCAGGCAAUCAAACCUUAUUUUGUUGAAUUUGGGGUCUAACAUGCUUACAGGGAACAUUCCUCGUGGGAUCACUAACUGUAAAACAUUGGUUCAGCUUCGUCUCAGUGACAACAGUCUGACAGGAAGCUUCCCCACUGACCUCUGCAAUCUGGUAAAUUUGACAACAGUUGUGCUGGGUCGAAACAAAUUUAGUGGACCCAUUCCUCCUCAGAUAGGCAGUUGCAAGUCUCUGCAAAGGCUGGACCUUACAAAUAAUUAUUUCACAUCAGAGUUGCCUCGAGAAAUUGGUAAUUUGUCAAAACUCGUUGUCUUCAAUAUCUCAUCUAAUAGACUAGGAGGAAACAUACCACUAGAAAUUUUCAAUUGUACAGUGUUGCAACGCCUUGAUCUCAGCCAGAAUAGCUUUGAAGGUUCGUUGCCAAAUGAAGUUGGUAGGCUGCCACAGUUGGAGCUGCUAUCUUUUGCUGACAAUAGGCUAACUGGCCAGAUACCACCCAUUCUUGGUAAACUAUCACAUUUAACAGCACUACAGAUUGGUGGCAAUCAGUUAUCUGGUGAAAUACCAAAGGAGCUGGGUUUGCUGUCGAGCUUGCAGAUCGCCCUGAAUUUGAGCUACAACAACCUCUCUGGCAACAUUCCUUCAGAGCUUGGUAACCUUGCACUGUUGGAAAGUUUGUUUCUUAAUAACAACAAGCUGACUGGUGAAAUCCCAACUACAUUUGCUAAUCUGUCCAGUUUGCUUGAGCUAAACGUCUCCUACAAUUCUCUCUCUGGUGCCCUCCCGCCAAUACCGCUUUUUGAUAAUAUGUCUGUGACCUGUUUUAUUGGAAAUAAAGGAUUAUGUGGUGGACAACUUGGUAGAUGUGGACCCCGGUCAUCCUCUAGUUCCCAGUCAUCCAAUUCAGUCAGUCCCCCUUUAGGCAAGAUCAUAGCAAUUGUUGCUGCUGUCAUAGGAGGGAUUUCACUUAUUCUUAUUGCAAUAAUUGUGCACCAUAUCAGAAAACCAAUGGAGACAGUAGCCCCCUUGCAAGAUAAGCAACUUUUUCCAGCUGGUUCUAAUAUGCAUGUUUCUGCUAAGGAUGCAUAUACAUUUCAGGAAUUGCUCACCGCUACAAAUAACUUUGAUGAGAGUUGUGUGAUCGGAAGGGGUGCUUGUGGGACAGUAUACAGAGCCAUCCUGAAGGCUGGACAGACAAUUGCAGUCAAGAAACUUGCUUCUAACAGGGAAGGGAGCAACACAGACAACAGCUUCCGUGCAGAGAUCCUGACUCUUGGAAAGAUAAGACAUCGUAAUAUUGUGAAGCUUUACGGUUUUAUAUACCACCAGGGUUCCAACCUUCUACUCUAUGAAUACAUGUCGAGAGGCAGUCUUGGUGAGCUACUUCAUGGACAAUCAUCUUCUUCACUUGAUUGGGAGACACGCUUCAUGAUAGCCCUUGGAGCGGCUGAAGGGCUUUCAUACCUGCAUCAUGACUGCAAGCCUCGUAUCAUCCACCGUGAUAUUAAAUCUAAUAACAUAUUACUUGAUGAGAACUUUGAAGCCCAUGUUGGUGAUUUUGGGUUAGCAAAGGUGAUCGACAUGCCAUACUCGAAGUCAAUGUCUGCAAUUGCAGGUUCAUACGGCUAUAUAGCGCCAGAAUAUGCUUAUACCAUGAAGGUUACUGAAAAAUGUGAUAUAUAUAGCUAUGGCGUCGUGCUGCUGGAGCUGCUAACUGGGCGUGCCCCUGUGCAACCCUUAGAACUGGGAGGUGAUCUGGUAACAUGGGUAAAGAACUACAUCAGGGACAAUUCUUUGGGUCCAGGGAUCCUCGAUCAAAAUUUGGAUUUACAAGACCAAAGUGUUGUCGAUCAUAUGAUUGAGGUCUUGAAAAUUGCUUUGGUAUGUACUAACUUGUCUCCGUAUGAGAGACCACCAAUGCGGCAUGUUGUAGUUAUGUUAAGCGAGUCUAAAGAUAGGACGAGGGUGAGCUCUGCAUCCUCACCUGCCUCUGAUGAUCCUUCAAAGAAGGAUAACUCAUGA